CAGAAGGCGAUUGGAAUAUUAAGCCCAGGAGUUGCUUUGGGGAUGGCUGGAAGUGCAAUGUCUUCCAAGUUCUUCCUAAUGGCUUUGGCCAUAUUUUUCUCCUUCGCCCAGGUUGUAAUAGAAGCCAAUUCUUGGUGGUCGCUAGGUAUGAAUAACCCUGUUCAGAUGUCAGAAGUAUAUAUCAUAGGAGCACAGCCUCUCUGCAGCCAACUGGCAGGACUCUCUCAAGGACAGAAGAAACUGUGCCACUUGUAUCAGGACCACAUGCAGUACAUCGGAGAAGGCGCGAAGACAGGCAUCAAAGAAUGCCAGUAUCAAUUCCGACAUCGAAGGUGGAAUUGCAGUACCGUGGAUAACACCUCUGUUUUUGGCAGGGUUAUGCAGAUAGGCAGCCGCGAGACGGCCUUCACGUACGCGGUGAGCGCCGCGGGGGUGGUGAACGCCAUGAGCCGCGCGUGCCGCGAGGGCGAGCUGUCCACGUGCGGCUGCAGCCGCGCCGCGCGCCCCAAGGACCUGCCGCGGGACUGGCUGUGGGGCGGCUGCGGCGACAACAUCGACUACGGCUACCGCUUCGCCAAGGAGUUCGUGGACGCGCGCGAGCGGGAGCGCAUCCACGCCAAGGGCUCGUACGAGAGCGCGCGCAUCCUCAUGAACUUGCACAACAACGAGGCCGGCCGCAGGACGGUGUACAACCUGGCUGAUGUGGCCUGCAAGUGCCACGGGGUGUCGGGCUCCUGUAGCCUCAAGACCUGCUGGCUGCAGCUGGCUGACUUCCGCAAGGUGGGCGACGCCCUGAAGGAGAAGUACGACAGCGCGGCUGCCAUGCGGCUCAACAGCCGGGGCAAGCUGGUGCAGGUCAACAGCCGCUUCAACUCGCCCACCACGCAGGACCUGGUCUACAUCGACCCCAGCCCCGACUACUGCGUGCGCAACGAGAGCACGGGCUCGCUGGGCACGCAGGGCCGCCUGUGCAACAAGACGUCCGAGGGCAUGGACGGCUGCGAGCUCAUGUGCUGUGGCCGCGGCUACGACCAGUUCAAGACCGUGCAGACGGAGCGUUGCCACUGCAAGUUCCACUGGUGCUGCUACGUCAAGUGCAAGAAGUGCACGGAGAUCGUGGACCAGUUCGUGUGCAAAUAG